UAGUCACGGACGAAAGCCAUGGAGCGAUAGUUCAGUCACGGGGCUCAUGAAAGAAUGCUGGAUGGUGGAUAGAAGGACAUUCGGGAAAGCUAGAUACUAGUCAGGAGAGUUUCUUCCACAUGGUGCUGUUCGUUGGGGAGUGAGGCAAGAAGGUGUCCACACCCUCCAUGUCAAAGUUCUGGGCCACUUCGGCAAGUGUCCAUUGCUGUUGUUCCGGAGGGGAACGCACGAAAGAGUAAGGCAAUCAGCGAAGACCAUUCUGUGCCGCCCGAAGCCACCAUGUCUUCGCGAAGGCAGCGCCAGGUUGCGAGUACGCGCAACCACCAGCAACUGACCGCCAACGUCGAGCGCCUCCAGGCGAUGGCGCAGAUUCAUCUCACUGACAAGGAGCAGUUACGACUAUUCGGCGCAAUCGCUCUGUACCGCAAGCAGCCUAAUGUCGCGGCGUUGGUCGAGCAGCUCUCUCCCGUCUGCAACACGGUGGCCAAACGCGAGCUUCUCGCGCACGUCCGGACACUGCUGCCGGAGAGCGAGUAUCAAGCGUUCGAUAAGCUACUGGUCGUUCAUCAUCUCGUCCCGGGCUCGGGCUCGGCACCUUCCUCGAGGUCUUCUAGCGCUAGUAGCAGUGGCGGCGGUGGUGGUGGUGGUGGUGGUGGUGGUGGUGGUGGUGGUGGUGGUGGUGGUGGUGGUAGUGGGCGGCGUGGAGCAGAACGAGCAGCCAACGCACAGUUCCGACAACCAGGACCGCCGACCAGCCCACUGGCGCACACACCAUCGACGAGCCAAGAACGGAUACAACCCGUUGCUCAGCCCCGUCAGGCAGGGCAGAGGCGCGUGCCCAAGCUGAAACCGACGAAACUCCAGGUCCGGCCUGACGCUGAUCUGGCGUUAGGCUUCGACAUAUGCGGCGGAAAGGAACAUGGCCUGGGUAUAUUCGUGUCGCUGGUCGAGAAAGGUUCCGAUGCGGAGCGCAAUGGAAUGGUGUCCGGGCAGAUGGUGAUGAAGGCAAACGGCGUCAGCUUUGAGAGCAUCACUCACGAAGACGCAGUCAAGGUUCUGACGACUGGCGCGACGGGCAAGGUGAAGAAGAUCCGCCUGAACGUCCUCCAGCCCAACGAGUAUCCGAGCGACCAGUACCCGCUGCUUCAGUACGUGUGGCUGGACGGCAAUCGGCAGCCCACCGCCCCGCCACCGGAGUAUCGCAGCGGAAUAAACCUCCUGAAGCCGGUCAUUGACGUGCCCAGUCAAGCAACGAAAAAGGUCAGCAUUGCAACCGAUGGAAAUGUGCCGCUGGGACUCAGUAUUCGUGGCGGUGUCGAGCAUGGCCUUGGCAUAUACGUCACGCACGUGGAGCUCAACUCACUCUCACACAACUAUGGCCUUCUGGUUGGUGAUCAGCUCUUGGACAUCAACGGGCUAAUUUGCAAUACACUGAAGCAUGACGAAGCGGCUGAAAUCCUCCAGGCCAAUGAGCUGUUGGUGAUGACCGUACGGCCCAUCAACAAGAUCCCCAUCCGUCCAAUAACACCCCAGGACCAAACCAGUCCCAACUGGGCCCAGAGCAAGGCUGCCACGGACUUCCUGAUGGGUCGACGUGCCUCGUCGGCAUCCUCAGAUCCAGGAUCACGCCAACAAGCACCACACCAGCAACAGCAGUAUCAGCAGCAACAGCAGUACCAGCAGCAACAGCAGUAUCAGCAGCAACAGCACAGACAGGCGCCGACAGCAGCAGCAAGAGAGAAUCACAGACCGGUGGCUGCACAAAGAUCCAAGAGGCUGAGCCGCACGAGCACGGGCACGGCAUCUUCACAGGACUCGUUUGACGAUCGGCGAACUCCAUCGCCAAUGGUGGAUUCUCAGAUGGCCGCUGCGGCGCCCAACUAUGACCCGGAGCCGACCAUAUCUCAGGCAGUGGCGCUGGGUCCACGAUCGACCACGCCAGCGUAUCUUGUGGAUUUGCAAGAGCAAGAAUCCACAUUGCAACGCAACUCGCUCCGUGAUCCGGCACGUAAGAAUAGCGAGCAUCGCAACUCCUACCGCAAUUCGGGCAGCUUUGAAGAUACCGACAUGCCGUCACCUCUCUCUGAACAACUGGAGGCAGGCAAUGUGGCAAACGAGCCUGCCCCACUGCAGAGGGAGCCUGCGCAGCAAACUGUCCAGUUGGCACAGCCCGGGCUUCUAGCCAGUCAGCGGAAGGCUCAGCAGGCACAGGCGUCACCCAAAGUGGCCCCGUCCCGCGUCGGCCCUAACAAACUGGGUCCAGCGGCAGCCCGUGCAAUGAUUGAGAAGAAUGCAGCGUUGGUUCUAAGCAGUGAAGAUCUGCUCACGCUCAACUACUACCUGGAUCAGUACGUCGAGCGUAAUCUCAGCAUCAAGCAAAUGGUCAUGGCUCUCAGCACAUUGCUUGAUACCAGAGAAAAGAAGCAUCUCCUGCAACAGAUCCGAGCGGUGGUCGGGCAGCGUGACACCGAUCGCUACGAGGAGUUGAUCUUGCCAUAUUUGGAAGAAAUAAAAGAGGAGAGCAAACCGAAGUCGAAGCCGCCUCCGCCGAGCCGAAAGGAUAGCCUGGUGGAUUAUGCGCCGUUCAAUGCAUCCUCGUUCGGUCACAAUGCCUACGUGAGCGGAUCGGAGAGUGAAGAGGAGCCCGGCGGUGGGGGUGACCGUCGAUCUGACACUAUGGACAGUAUGAUGGUGAACCCGGGCGGAAUGAACACACCACGAUCAAGCACCAUGAAUAGUGACGUGACAUUCUCAACACCGGCAAGCAGCCUGCAACCGACGCAGGGAAGGAAGGCUCAAGAAGUCAUGAAGACGCUGCAGGAGCGAGAGGAAACUGAGCCAAGUACAAGCAAAAAGGAGGACAGCACACCGCUGGUCAAUGGAAUGGGAGGAACUCAGCUGAGGGUGUACGAAGAAGAGUUUGGCCACGAGAGCCCCAUGCCGGACCGUAAGAAGAUGCCGGCGAAGAUCAGAUCAGUGGACGACGGUGACGAGCCGACGACCAUCCCGAUCAGCCGUGGCAUAUCGGCUGACAUCCUGGCCUCCGCCAAGCUGAAGCCAACCAGCGUUAACGAGGAACGGGUCUCGCCGGUGGCCGACAUGGUGCCCAAGGAGAACCAAGCGGCCAUGAUGCUCGCCGAGACGCUGGUGUCCAGGAGGAAUAAGAUCAAUCCUGGAAGCAUUCGACGGGUCGUUGUAAGACAUGGUAUGCCACGCUCAUUGUCCAUGGAAUCAUCCACCAGCGUACAGCCGGAUGGAGAGGGAUCAGACGAAGACGACACAAACGAUUCCCGUCAGAGACGAGGCUCUCGCACCUCGCAAAGUGGCCAGCGGAAGGUCUCAAUGGAGGACAGCGUACCGCAGACCAUUGUAGAGGAGGACGAUUCGCCUCCGCAUAGCCCCAAGGCAACUUCGAGAGUCUCAAAUGUUUCUAAUCCGGGUCGGGCAUCGCCAGUCGCCGAAGAAGCCAAGACAGCUGACCGGCGCCCACCUCCCUCACCAAGCACGGCUGUCAGGGCAAUCAUGAACUCCGCCUCGCGUCACCAGCAUAUACAAGCUUCACCCAAGAUGCCGAGGAGGGUGGAUGUCGGGUCUUCCUCGCCUAAGCUAAACCCAGUGCAGAAACCGCAGACGCUCGCGCCGUCACCGGUGCCACUGCCGAGGUCUGCAUCGCGUCAGAGUAGCCUGAAUGUGGAGGCAUCAUCACCAACAGGCAGUCCAAAGGUGGGCGAGAGAAGCCCGAGCCCCAAGCCCCGUGCCUCGCUGCUAAUCGAGGACAGUGAGAAGAGGCGAGAUUCACUCGACGACUCCCUGGAUGAGGUUGCGCAUGCGCCGCCCAGCAAGUUUGCUGACGAUCCAGCCGACAAGGACGAGCAAGAAGGGUUGAAGGUGGAAUUGCCUUCCACGCCCCCAGUGUUCACGCCUCCACAAUCUCCCGCACAACAGCAAUCGCACAGAGAGAUGGACCAAGGCCCGACACCCCAGGAGCAUGGCACACAACCAACCAACGAUCAGCAUCAAGAUGAAUCGGAAAGCGAAGAGGAAGAGAAGCCCGGAUUGCCGGAAGCAGACAACAAAGACGACCACACCACACAAGCCGUCGAUGUCCAGCACUUGGAAACGGAUGCAGGUGACCUGUAUGCACUCCCGGAUAGGUCGCAAGUGUCGGCCGAGACUACACUACGCGACGCUGCGCCACGUCGCAACGGGCUGGAGCAGAACGUUGCCAUGGUACCGCCUAGUACACGUCCGGGUAAAACCUAUGCUGGUUACACGGGCCUGUUUGGUGACAUCAAGACCAUUCUGGUGGAGAAGAACGGACUCAAGCUGGGCAUUGCUGUCACUGGCGGCGCCAACACCAAACAGAGAGCUGUGCGCAUUAAGGAAAUUGUGCCUGGCGGAGCGGCAGCCAAGUGCCAGGCCCUGCGCCCACUGAUGCAGAUCCUGUCGGUGGACGGGCAGUCCCUGAAGGGACUUCCCCAUCAACAGGCCGUGAUGAUGGUCAAGCAUUGCUAUGACUCAUCAAAGCUACGUCUGGAACUCGGCAUUCAUAUUGAUCAGGAUGUGGAGGGUGCUCCCUUCGAGUAAGCAGUUUGUUACUUACCAAUGCCGCCACAUAGUUCCUGCACUUGGAAACGGCCAUGUGGCGUGUAUGUGUGUGUGUGUGUGUGUGUGUGUGUGUGUGUGCGUGCAUGUGUGGGUGUGUGUGUGUGUGUGUGUGUGCGUGCGUGCAUGUGUGGGUGUGUGUGUGCAAUUGUCAGGUAGCGCUGAGUCUGCGUACCGCUUACUCUUCCCCGCCCUUGCAUCUUCUGUCACUUGCCUCCGCGCAAAUAGGAACGACAGCAUGCGUGCAAUGAUUUGAGAUCUGUGCAGUACGAGUACACUGUUUCCUGUGUCUUUGACUCCUAAUAGUAAUACCAUGCCCGUGCCGGUGCCGCCGGCAUGGAUCACACACACUGUACUGAACGUUAGUGGGCUGUUAGUUGCUGGACUGAGCUGAUAAAUCAUGGUCAGUGUAUAUUGCUAGUGCACUGACUGCUGACAGGGUAUUCAAUGUAUUGGCAGUCAAUUUGCUUCCGCUAGAUCACUUUCCGUAUUUCUUUUCCGGUCGGACUGCUGGCUGUUCCGGGCUUGCAGCGUUGCUGCCAUAUUUUUGAGUUCUAGUCGAUUUUGCCAUGCACGCAUCCGGGCCAUCAGCCAUGCCAGUGGGGCAGCUUACCCACUCUCUGGGAGCUGCAUGUCCUUGCGUAUCUUUCGACCGCGGCCGCUUACACGUGGCUGGGGCUUUGUCGCACGUAUUUUGUAACUUCUGUUUGUUUGCUCCUGCACAAUCCCUCACUCAGUGUACAUAGUGGCGAUACACAGCGGCGACAAUAAAAUUAUUUUAAUCACA